GGGGUUAGCGCCGCCCACAUCAACUUGAAGUCUUACCUGGACGCUCCAAAAGCCCAUCUCAUUGUUGACAUUUACAUCUUCCGUGCAACUGGAAAUGUCACUUUUGGCAAUGAAACAACUGAAGUGCAAAACGGGACCAUGAAAUUCUUCGUGGAGGUGAAUUUUUGCCUUCUUUUAUUUGUGUCAAUAAAGGUUAUAGAAAGGAAGAUGAACAGUUUCUCUCUGAAAGGGGGCCAUUAAUCUUGGGCAAUUUACGCCAGCUGUGUGCCGCGGGUUUAAUGAGCGCUUUCCCUAAGAGUAUGUAUGAAAUUAAAAAAUGACGUCCUCGUUAAAGGCACGCUGAAAAAGAGAUGAUUGCCAACAUCGAUAUUUAUGAAGCAAUGGCAAAAUUGGAUUGUUUUGUACAUAUUGUUCUUAAACAAGCAGAUUAAUUCUUCACAGCAUGUUAUGUUCGAUUCUUUUUGGGAACCCCAAUGUCAAAGACUGAAAUAUCGUAUUCCUGAGCGCAACAUUGGAUCUUCUUCGUUUUUUAAUAUCCUAUGGCUAUAUUACAGUAACUUUCAUUUUAUUCUACUGAGAGAAAAAGUUCUUUUCUCUCUCUCUCUGCUCCUUUUUCUCAGUAGUGUAGGAGUGGGACUCUUUACCCCUUAAAAUAAGAAAUUGUAUUUGAUAGUACUCAAUAAAUUUAAAGUCAAUUUUAAAAGCUUCCUUUCAUUUAGUUGAUAUCUACUAGCAGGAGCCUUUAGGAAGCCCUCUAAUAGCUGCAGUUUUCGCAGUCAUUCACGCUUCGUUAUUUAAUUGUCGCAUUGCAAACCACUGUCGAGAUCAACAUUUCCUAAACUAAACUGGAAAUCAAACGGUUUAACAUUGAACCUUAAAAAAUGGCAAAGAAGAUGCAUAUGAUGCACCGGUCAUGGCAUAGUCUCCGCUAUAGAGACGAUACGACUAUGGUUAUGGCUUAGACUGGUCAAUCAAAUCUGAUCUGCGAAUGUAAUCUUAUCUAUGACCAUACGGAAUGAGACGAAGCUAUUUCAUCUGUUAAUUUUGUAGAUUAAAAACUAUACUUUCUGCGAUGGACAAGCCAUACCUUCCAUCUGCAAAGCAAAUGAAGUAGGAAAAUACCUUGAGGUGGCAAUUGUUGUGAAGGGCAAAAAAGAAGAAACGCCAGAAGAGGAGAAUGAGGCCGAUAGAAAGAAACGGGAGGACCGCCUUCCAACUGCCAAAAGAUCCAGAGGAAUGCGAUGUCCUUUAAAGGAUAAAUGCCCCAAUACUUACAGGAUUGGCAACGACACUAUCGGAUUGUCCAAAGAGGUAAGAAGAGUACAUUUGUUUUACGUGCACAACAUCAGUCGUCAUCGAGCUUUGAUAGCCGAGCCAAUUUUGGAGUUUUGCUUGACAGUUGGGUCGAUCUUGUUUCUAAUUGUACUAUGAGACUGUUCUGGGUAGGCUACUUUUACGCGCGACUCACUUUUAUUUAAGAAAAGAGGGGAAAAAAGAAAAACCUUUUCAAACGAAAACUGGAAAAACCGUGAACAACGUGGUUUAGUGUAAUCUGCUUCACAGCCGUUCUUUGCGUCGUCACGCAAGGCUCCUCCCCACAAACGGUUGCUAAUCGAACCACAUCCAUUUCCGCAUAUCAUCCAUUCAGGUUUCAACGUCCAUUUUCUAGGUGUUCGUACCACAUUUACGGUACGGGGAGGGGCGUUGCGUGACGACACAAAGAGUGGCUAAGGAACAGACUAGUUUUAGUGCGGUGGUACAUUUUUAAAGGUAAAGCUACCUCUAAAUGUAUGGGAUCGUGGACUCCACGACAAGUCCAUUGUUAGUGGCUACACACCGUUACCAGGUUCAAAAUCUGCUGUAAAUGUUAAUUUAACUAAAUUCACAUUGUAUAAGCAGUACAAUUUAAUAAGAAUGGCUGUGGUGUAGCGUUACCUUAGAAACGUUCCUUUACUCAGAACAUCCAUGAAAUAUUGGGAGAUUAGACCUAUUUUUACCAAGAAAAAUCAGUCAAUUAAUCAGUAAUUAGAGCUUUUUUUUAUUUCUUGUCUCCUCUGACGAGAUUCAUUUACUGAUAUUUUAGUGCAAAAAUGACGGCGAGAAUGUAAAGAUGCCUAUGGGAUACCCCAGGUUCGUGACGCAAGGCAGCAAAAACAGGUUCAUCUUCCGAUGCAACAAGUUUNUUUAAUAAGAAUGGCUGUGGUGUAGCGUUACCUUAGAAACGUUCCUUUACUCAGAACAUCCAUGAAAUAUUGGGAGAUUAGACCUAUUUUUACCAAGAAAAAUCAGUCAAUUAAUCAGUAAUUAGAGCUUUUUUUUAUUUCUUGUCUCCUCUGACGAGAUUCAUUUACUGAUAUUUUAGUGCAAAAAUGACGGCGAGAAUGUAAAGAUGCCUAUGGGAUACCCCAGGUUCGUGACGCAAGGCAGCAAAAACAGGUUCAUCUUCCGAUGCAACAAGUUUAACAGAAACGUCAUCUUUGACCCAUACUUAGAAGUGAGUGAAGGGGAUGACACAGAUGACAGCAGUCCGAUGACUCCUACUGAGAACGCGACUUCUAUCCAUGUGAAUGUU